AUGCCUUUUGUGCCAGCCAGUCCGACACGACUCUUCUCAAGACGUCAAUCGUUGGGGAAGAUGCAAAAACUCCGCAAAUUAAAUUCUAAGAGAGAUAGCCAGACAAAAGUCAACAAAACUCCUGAAGCAGUGCUCAACGACCCACUACUAAGCGGAAGCCUGUCGCAACACGACCUGAUUACCACAAAACUCUCGCAGGACAGCACCAGCCCAGCUAAGGAAGCUUCUGGGAGCAGCACGGACAGCAGUACUCAGCAGGAUAUCUUUGCUGCACUAGCGGAUACUGCUGCUUUCACCGAGGCAGCGUCUGUCUCCGGAAAAGAAGAUCAAGCGUCUCUGGAGACUGCUACAGAACCGGAACAUCUGUUCGAGGAGGAUACUGCUCCAAUCAUUGGCCGAGCAAGCAGCGUCAGAGCCAGCAAGCCACAGAUCGUCCAGCACAAACACACGAAAAAGGCACGCCUGCAGGUGAAAAAUAUGGAUAGCAUUGAUGAGACCGACGAUCAAGGUGGCCCAAGUGCACGUAUCCCGCGAGAGGAAGAUGCUACAGUCGAUCGCCGAAGUUCCGCUGUCUCUCAGUCUGCCAUCUCAGCUAGCUCGAAGGACACCACAGCAAACUCUGCUUCCGAUAAAGGGCCAAGUGAGUUUGAACCUGUUCCGGCCCAUACCCCAGGAUUACCAACUGGUGGCACUGUACACUCAAUCCACCCAUCAAUCGUCGAUGCAGAUAUACCUACUGUCUCUAGUUCGAACCAGGACCACAACGAAACUGCACCUGUGCCAGCAAUCAAUAGAACAAUGUCAUCGCCCUUGCCGCUACCGGGCAAAGGAUUGAGUCGCCGUGUUACCAUUCGACCUGCCGACCUCAUCAUUAAGAACCACGAUCGUGAUGGACCUAGCACUUUUCGUGAAUCAGUAGUCACUACACCCUAUCCAGCUCGCAUGAACAGCGACGCCAGUAGCUUGGAUUUUGACGCUGAGAAGAAACAAAAUGAAAUGAAGGCACCAACAUCGAGGGCAGGUAGAGACAAGGCAAGACGAGGAGUCUCCUUUACUGCUGCGCCUGGAUCAAAGGACAGGUUUCCCUCCCCAGAGAGACCAGAAGUACUGUUCAUCGAUCUUAAUUUGUCGCGACAUCCAUGCGCACGUACUACUAUCGAGAUUCAGAUCGCUGGCAAAAGUACCUUUGAUGACGAGAUGCUCUUCAAUCAAAUCAGAGCAGCGUAUACAAAGCAGCUGCUAGGCUCAACUCGUUUACUAUUUCUUCUGGUACGGCGACUCGGCUACGUCUCUGUGACUGUUCCGACCAACUAUGACGCCUCAGAAUUCAACGGUGUUGACUUUAUGAGGAAUUUGUCUAACCCAAAUUAUGGCCACAAGCGUAAGGCAUGGGUCAUCUGGCUCCGGAAAAAUAAUCCCCAGUCAGCAUCUCGUCUUUCUUCCAGCCUUAUGCAUCCAGCACCCGUCAGACAGAUCGACAACCUAAACCGUCUCUCCUCCCUUCGAACACGAAGUCUAGGUCAUAGUCGCCAAGGCAGUCGAAAUCGAACCGAUAGCACAGACUGUAACGAGGAGAACAAGCGCUUCCGUACAAUCUCGGAUGCGAGCUCGUUCCAUUUUGUCUACUCUCCAGCCAUGCCACGUCUACCUUUCCUAUCCUCGAAGGACAACUCAGAACCUCAGCCUAUCGACGGCUUCUAG